UAAAUAUCAUUCAAAAAGUUUGGUGAAAAAAGGACAAUGAAAUUUCAUAAUGUCCAUGGCACUGGUGUUUCACUGCUAGAGAACAAGACUGUGGCCACCCGAUCAGAUACCUCAUUCUGCAACGGCAUUGUGUUCAGUGACCUGCCUGUCAAGGUCAACCAGAAAGUGUGUCUAGAGCUGACCACUGUCCAGACCUGGAGUGGUGCCCUUAGAGUUGGACUGACCUGUCAAGAUCCUGGUAAGAUUAGUGCAGCUGAUCUUCCACGAUAUGCCUUGCCUAACCUGGCCAAAAAGGAAGGAUACUGGAUCCAGCCAAUCAGUGAGUGCUUUGUGGAUACAGGGUCACAUUUGACCUUGUAUCUCAGUUCACAAGGUCAGCUACAGCUGUUCGUAGAUGGAUUACACAAGGGUGCCUGUCUUCAAGGCCUUCCAACUGACCGUAAUGUAUGGCUGUGUCUUGAUGUCUACGGAAACACCAAAAGUGCCAAAUGGGUAAAACCAGAUGAGGCUCCAAAAGAAAUCCUUGCCCGUGGUCCUGAAGCUGUGCAGGCUUAUGAAGAGGCCUGUACAUCAGGUACCCAACCGAUGUGUCGUACACGUCUGAUGUUGGUGGGACAGGAUGGUGUGGGCAAAACCAGCCUCAAAAAGGCCAUGAUGGGGCAAAGCUACAAUGUGAAUGAAGAGAGCACGGAGGCUGAUGGGAUCGACUUGUCUGCGUCAUGUUCUUUUAGUACCACCAAUCAUGCACAGUGGAAGAUGGCUGUCCGUGGCGAGUUCGAGAAAGAGACUGAGGAACACAUUGAAGAAAAAAAACAGCUAGGCAUUAUGGGGGGAGCUGAGGGGCUAGAGGAGGAAUACUAUCAGGCACUAGCUGAGAACAUAGUGAAGGAAUUACAGCAGAAAGGAAAGCAAAAAUCAGAGGCUCCCAAGGGGAAAUCAGGAAGUCGGGAAAGUGCCAGGAUGUCACUUCCUAGUAGUAGAAAAUCUGAUCGCAAUGUCUCCUCACAUGGAGACAAGGCUCACUACAUCCCUCCAGAGAUGAUCAAGGAGGUACCAGAUCGUGUUGUCCAGCUUGUCCAGGAUCUUCUUGAUCAAACCCCACAGGUCAACCAGACCAAAUCCAAUCAGGCCAAACUCAAGUCCUUGUCCAGCUCCAGUCUGUCCAAGGUCAGCCAGAGUCCUGUGGUCAAGGAGAAGGACAGGAAGGUUGUCAUGAAUAUAUGGGAUUUUGCUGGUCAGCCUGUGUUUUAUACUACCCACCAAGUGUUCCUUACCUGUAGAGCUGUUUAUAUCUUUGUGUUCAAUCUGACUCAAGAUCUCAAAUCUGUCCAGUCACCACAACAGGAAAAUCCUGAUGGUGAGAUGACUACCCUAGAUUUCAUGGAUUUUUGGAUGAGGUCUAUAUAUGCCCAUACUUCCCAGAACACCUCUAAUACCAUUGACAACACACGUUUGUCUCCUCCAAUCUUCGUAGUGGGGACCCACAGGGCAAGCCUAUCAACGGACCCCACAGAGCAAGAACAGAUGGUUGAAGAAAAAUUUGAAGAAAUCAGAAAUUUCUGUGUGAACAAACCUUACGCCCAACACAUAGUGACACCAUUUGUGGCAGUGGAGAAUAGUAUAGAGAAUGAUGACCAGGUGAGUGCGUUACGAGAACAUGUUGAGGAGAUUGCUGGUAAAGAGCCAUAUAUGGGGGAACAGAUGCCUAUACACUGGCUCAGGUUUGAGCAGGAACUGGCCAACCUUGUCAAGAAUGAUUUCAACCAUGCUUCUUUCGACCAGGUGAUGGAAAUAGCUAAUAACUUGGGCAUCACUUCGGAUAAAGAAGUUAAGAUCAUGCUGGAAUUCUACCAUGACCUAGGCGUGUUGGUAUACUUUGGAGGUACUGGAACCAUGGACAACCUCCUAAGGAACACUGUCAUGUUAAACCCACAGUGGCUAGUUGAGAAGUUUACACGCAUUCUCAUCGCCAAACAGACAGACGACAAGUGGGAUAUGAUGAAGGAGAAAUGGCGCCUUUUCCAGGAGAGAGGCAUUCUUGAAGAAGCUCUCAUUGACCAUCUGUGGAUGGAUGUUGUUGACCAGAAGCCUGUCCUCCUAGGACUCAUGGAAAAGUUUGACCUUGUGUGUCAGAGUUGUACACAAUCGUGUCAGAAACACCUUUCCUAUUAUGUUCCCUCACACCUGGCAAAAUGUGGAGACAACAAACGUCUGUAUGCUGCCUAUGACACUGAUGUUGUAUUUUACAUCAACUUUUGUGGUUUCCUCCCAGAUGAUCUGUUCCAUCGAAUUUUGACAAGGACAGUCCGUUGGACUCUCGGGAAAGCAGGAAAAGAGCCAUAUAGUAUGUUCCGGCAUGUUGCACGGUUCUACCUUGACCAGGAACAUGAUUUUGUCCUACAGAUGGCACCAAGGAGGUGCCAUCGUAUCAAGGUUGUGGUGAUGCGUAUAGCCAGUGACGAUGACUUCUCAUCUAUAGAAUCUGAUGAUAAUGACAACUACCGUGACAGGAUUCCAAAAUCUGACGCUUGUGCCAGGCUACGCAACUUUUUGGAGGCAAGUCUGUUUGAACUGAAGGAGAUGUGGAUCAAACGCCUGUAUUAUACUAUAUGUGUAGCGUGUCCUUGUGGUCGCCCCUGUUACUCCCAUGAUGCGCCAAAUUGUCAAGAGGAACUCUGCAUGCAUUUUCUCAACCUUGAUGAAUGUCUGUCAAGCAGGGUUGUAUGCUGUGAACAUAGAAGAGUAAAAACCAACUUGUUCCGUAAAUGGUUUCCAGAACCUUUUAAUGCUGAGUUCAGUGGCCAUAUCUUACCCAGCAUAGACAUGCUGGAGACACAUGGAAAUAUAGAGAAGCACAAUCCCAACCUGCCUAUUUGGAUCAAAAGUGCUGCCAAGCUGCUCAAUGGAGGAGAGGAGAACCAGGACUGGCUAGCUUUGGCCAAACUGAUGGGUUACAAAGAGGCUAAGAUAGAAGUGAUCACAGAUGAUCUGAACCCUGGCCUGGCUCUGCUGGCGGACUGGAUAUUAACCAGUGGUAAUACUGCCUUGUCAGUGGACAUGCUGAUUGGCUACCUGGAGAAAAUAGACAGAGAUGAUAUUGUGGAAGUCAUACAACAGGCAAAAGAAUCGACUCAGGACCCACCCCAAGUGUUCAUCAGCUACCAGUGGGACUGCCAGGAUGAGGUGAAGGCACUGCGAGACCGACUGGAGAAGGUUGGAUUGUCCUGUUGGAUGGACAUUGGUCAGAUGGGAGGAGGUGACCAGCUUAACAUCAAGAUAGAUGAGGGAAUCAGAAACUCAAAGGUGGUGCUUUCCUGUGUGUCUCCAAAGUAUGUCGUGUCUCACCACUGUAAUCGAGAGCUCAGUCUGGCAGACCUAUUGGCCAAGCCCAUCAUCCCUGUGAUGUUUGAAUCAGUACCCUGGCCGCCUCCAGGAGGAAUGUCUCUGAUCUUCUCACAGCUUGUCUACAUAGAUAUGAAAGGUGUCGGAGGACAUGGAGGAACUGGUAUCCAUGGUGACCUCAACGACAAAUACAGGGAGAUAAUCCAACGAGUGAUGAACUAUGCCAACCCAGACCUCACAAAGUAUUAUGACACGGAGACAAUCAUAAGUAGCAAGGAAAGUAACCAAAUCCAUCACGAAUCUUCAAGUCUAUCCAGCAUGGAAAGUAUAGACAACUCCCUCAACAACAAUCUGGAGCAAGCCAGCAUUCACCAUCCCUACCCCAUCCCAGUCUCCAUGGUUACCCAAGCAGACUAUCCCACCCCACAACAGGUCACAGUCACCAAGUGUGGGGUGUGUACCAUUUUAUGAUGUCACUGACAGAUACACUUCAUUAUGUAUAUAUUCAUUGUCACUUCACUAUGUACAAAACACAGGUAUUUACCAUUAGAGAGGGCCAACAUAAUAGACGUAUCUUCAAUGAUUGUCAGUAUUGAGACAUAUGUUGUGACUGAUCAUAUCCGUUAUAUCAUCUAUUAAUUCUAGCCACAAGCUCAUACACCUGUUACUUGUUGUGUGUUGUAUGACAGUGUUUGGAAGAGCUGCUUGUAUUCAAACUGCUUUGUCUGAUUAUGAAGAGAUAUCAGGAUCCUUGAGAUACCAGGAUACGAGGGAUAAAUGAAUUAUAUACAGGUUUAUGGUUAUUUUUGUUUUCUCUACAUGAGAGAGUUUGAUGUCUGGAUUUAGAGAGGUUACAUGUAUCUGUGUAAGAAUGUUAGCUGUCACAAGUAGUACUGAAGUGUUUGACCAAACACCAUGGUCACAAGACACCAUGUUGUUAUUUUACAUUUCAGGGAUUUCACAACACAACAACAAAAAGUGUAUAAAUUUUCAGCAACGUGAAUGCACAUUCAGGCUAGGAGAAAAUCCUCCAAUGAAGGUUACUGUUUUCUGACAUAUUCACAUCUUUUUGAGUGAGAUGUCAGUCAUUAACAUUGUAUAAUGUAUUAACACAGUGUAGGUUUGAAUCUCAUUACCUUUACAAUGUCACUUUGAUCUGUCUAUAAACUAUGAGGGAUAUUAGUUUUCAAGGAAGAGUGAUUGUUAGUUCCUAUUAUCUUUUAUUUUAUAAAUUUCUAUGAAAAUUAUCUUCAAUGUCUAGAGGAGGCUUUAUUUUUAGUACAUAACUUUUCCAAGUGUUACUUUAGGCUAUUCCAGGUAAAACAUAUUUAAUGUUCUAUUUGUGGUCACAGCUGUGCCCAGUGCCCUCAAGGUUCAGGUUUUGGUCAUUGUCAUGAAUAGCAGUAAGGUUGUAUCUCUCUCUUCUCCUUUAUCUGCUUAUUAUUGGGAUUUUGUUUAGUUUGUGAGAAAGAUGGAACAUAGAAUUUGUGAUGUGUGAUGCUGUUGACAUCGGAUAGAUAUAGAACCUGUUCAGAAGAGAAAUUCUUCUCUGAUGUAAUUAUUCAUUAAAAAGUCACAACACAAGAAAUGGUUUACAGUUGUUUGAUAGACAUUAAGACAAAAGGAAUUUUAUACAAUUGUUUGAUAGACCUUAGGACAAAGAGAAUGGUUUACAUUUUUUGAUGGACUUUAGAAUAAAAGAAAUGGUUUACAUUUGUUUGGUGAACCUUAGGGCAAAAGGAAUGGCCUCCAGGACAAAGUACUCUGUAAUCACAAAUGAUUGUCUCCCUGCUCCUUAUAUCUUAUUUGUAUUUCUGGAAUAGUCUGGAGGAAUUAUUUGGUAUAGAGAUAAGGUUAUCACCAUCUGUCGUGAAGAAGUGAUGGGAAGUUCUCUCUAGGUAUGAAAUAUGUAUAAGAAGCUAUCUGUGAUAUUUGGAUUUUGAUAUUUAUAUGGCUCUGCUAUUGAAAGCUUGAUGUAUAUUGUCCUCAGAUAUUUGGGUACUUAGAUCAUUUAAACAAUUUCUGAAAUUCACCCUAGUUUUAUUUUGAAGAUCAUGAAUCCUUAAAAAUUGGAGCUUAUGAUAAAAAAUAGCUAGGUAUUGUAUUGAUGGUUUAUUUUGCUAGCUUUGAAUUGCUUAAUUUAUUCUGCAAUAUGUCCAGGAGGCUAUCACAGAAUCUCUGAAUCAUAGUAAAGAAUAGACCCUUUGCAUGAAAAUGAAAUCUGGAUAUGAUUUUAACCAUGCGUAUGCUUAUUACAGGAGAUAGAAGGAAGUUCUUCCCGGGGGAAACACAUUGUAAUAAUCUAAUCCUCUGACUUUGAUUCAAAGAUAAUGUUUUAUUGCCCUCAAAGAAGCCCAGACAAAAUUUGUGUCAAAUGUAUUUUUUGCCCCACAUCAUUCCUCCGACACAUCCUUGACUUCCCUCACCCCACCCCUGACUUGUUGUCGUGCAAUAAGCCACUCCUGACUUUGGAGUCAGUGGUAAUGCAUUGGGCUUAUUGUAAUAAACCCACUCCUGACUUUGAGUGAGAAGUAGUGUUGUGGCCCCUUGGACUAAUUACAGGAUACAUACAUGAGCACUGCUUUGUAAUUGCUGUAAGGGAUUAUUAUUUCCAUGAUAAUAUAUUUACACAUUAUCUGAUGACAUUUUAUAAAGAUCUGUUAUAUCUACUGUAUUUUUACUAUUUCAUGCUUUUUAUUGCUAUAUAUAUCUAAACAUUAUAUAUUACAUUGUACUCUAUCUCAUACACGCUGUUUAUUAUCAUCUGUUAAAACCAUAUGCUACAAAUUGGAAAUUGUUGGUUAUCAAAGCAGAUUGAAUUUAUUUAUUGUAAAAGUUUGCAAACAAAAAAAGAAAGGCAAUUUGUUCUCAAUAUACAUCUCAUUGUUUGUUAUGUAUACAUCCAAUUUUUUUUUAACUUUAAUUGUUUUUUUACUCUGUAAUUUAAUUUCCGUCCAGGUUUGUAACAGUUGUAUGUAAAGUUUACAUUUAUUGUAAAGGGGUCAGCUGAAUGAGGCUUAUCUAAUAUGGACAUAUUGUGGUAACAUGAGGGGCCUGGAGUUACUGGGCAUUACAGAAGUUCUCCCACUACUGUCAGAGUAUCCUUCUUUUAACCUAUCCAGAAAAUCCUUGUCCACAAUGCCUUAGGAUGUCACUCGGGACUCCUCGAGUGUGAAGCACACCCGAGGAGUUCCGAGUACUUAGGAUGUCAAUAGUAGGCCACAUGCCAAACCAGAAGUAUGGAUUAUUGAUGACCUUUGACAUGUAAAAACAGAAUCCUCCAUGAAGUAUAUUUCUUCUGCAGAAGAUAAUUGAUGAUAUUUUUUUCUUUCUUGAAUUAAAAGAGUUACUAGUAGAUAUAUAUGAUAUAUGUAAAUGUGUCAAUCUUUUUGGUUUGUUUUUUGUUUGUAUUUUUUGUUUUGUUGCUUGGUUGCAAUGACCUGAGUGAAGCAUUGGGCAAAGUUCUAUACAUAACUUAUAUCUACAUGUAGUUGUAUUUAUCAGGUGACAAUGAAUAAUUGUUCCCCACCUUAAGGGUGAAACAGAAAAGGUAAAAUUCUUAAAAUGUAUAACAAAGUGAAAGUUCAGGCUAGACAUUUCUCAAUCUCUCUGUUUGGGUUAGAAUUCUCAGUCUCAUCCUUGGGGUGGGAAAAUGUUCUUGUAAUUCAACAGAUAUGUGAAUACCAUAUAUGCAUGGUCAUUAUCUUACAAAUGAGUAGACUUAAUGAUUAUAGGUGUGUUUCAAUGUCAUUUUAGAUUUAUAUAAUUUGAUAUUUAUUCUAGUGCUGCUAUUAUGAGUUACAAAUAUUUAGUAUUCAUAUUUUUAAGUGCCAGUAAUUUGAAGCUUGUAAAUCAAUAUACUCUAGUUAAUCCCAUGAAGGUCAAGGUAAUUGUUCAUAUGUAUAUUGACAAUGUUAUAACUGGAUUUUUCAUUGGUUAAUAUUGUGAUAUAAAUUCCUUGUUAGUGAACCGUAUAGAAUUCUGUUAAUUCUUCAACAGAUCAUUUAGUUUUGUUUGAUUGUAUAUUUCAACUGCUGUUGAAUACACUAACAAAAACAGCUUUUGAUUAGAAAUGAUUCAAAGUUUCGAAAUCAUGUGGAAAUUCAAGCAGAUUUAAAAAUACCAAUCUAACGAAAAUAAGAUCAUAUCCCUCUGGUUUACUGGUACGCUGUGUUGAAGGUCAAAUUUUCAUUAGAUUUAAACAACAAUGAACAGUUUUUUGCUUUAAAUUUGAUUUGUUACAAAAGUGCAGCAUAUAAACCAGUGAAAAUAUCAACAUCUAACUGCCUGUACCAAUUAGCAGAGAUCAAUAGAUAUAAAAAUCUCUAAUUUGCUUGCUGACUUCAUGACUUGGCACUUCCAUAGAGUUUUCAGCAGAAUAUGACCUAAACACAAUCUUUACCAUAUGCUUGACUGAUGGUACAGAUUUUUGGAAACUUAUGUUACAAAAUUUAAUUCAACUUCUAUUAGCCACUGUUUUUGGCUCAGUUGGAAGCUUGCUAAAGGUCUUACUGUGGGAAGAAUUUGGAGAACCCAGUGAAAACCCACAUGGUCGGGCAGGUGAACUUAUACCUUUUCACAUCCAUUCUGGGAAUUAAACCCCAGAUCGGUGAAACGCAAGUGCAUUGCCACUGCCCCGUCUGAACCACUAAUGCUACAAAAACAUAUUGAUAACAAAUGAUGAUUUUCUGAAGUAAAAAGCAUAGAUAUUGAUGAAUGUCGCUCCACAUUUUCUCAGUAGGGUGGGGGUAUGGAUUAACAUCCAUGAAGCAAGGGUAAGAUGCUCAAAAUCUGUACUUGUUAAAUUUUUUUUUUUUUUAUAAUGCUCUUUGUUAACAUUUGAGAUGAAAUACUCAUCUCAUGGUAAUCUCAUUCUACCCUUUGUGUUAUGUCAGAAUAUUCACUUGUUUCACAAAUAUAAAACAUCCAAUAUCAGUGAGUAUAUUGUUUAAUGUAAAAAAGAAAUGUUUAGUUAAAAAGGGACGUUUGGAAUUAUCUUAACUAUGUUAGACAGAUUGAUGUAAGCAUAUAAUACGUGUACAUUCAUUAAAGGUGCUGGCAUUGAUCUGCUUCCUGCUCAUAUGAUAUAUGUACAUGUAUACACAAAUGGUAAGUGCCGAGGACACCCAAGGAUGUCCCAUAUGUCUAGAUCAGGGAGUAGAAGAAGCAUUACAGUAGUUGGUGUUUUAGGGGAGGGAGGGGUUGUUGUUGCCCAGAAGAUACUUGUACAUUAGAUAUUAAUACAGAAAAAUGUUUCCUGUUAAAAUUUGUGUACCGGUACUUGACAAGUGUAGCCAUUGGUCUUAUAAUUACAUAAAGGGAGAAAACUGUGUUUGAUAAGAGUCUCAAUGGGAAGUCAAAUGUGUGGUUAUUUCAAACUUAUCAAUAUUUGAAGAAAAAAAAAGCACAUUUGUUGGUGUAUUAGCUUACUCAUAAACUCAAGUGAUAAAUAUUUGGGUACAAUCAAUGGCUCUAGUUUUUAUUUAUUACUGGUUAAAUUUACAUUAUUUCAACCAUAAUAUUUUUCUCAUCACUGAUCAACAAUGUUAGUGUUACUAGAACAACAGACAUUUUACCCAACUUUCAUUGUUUUGUAAGAGUAUGGUUUUCCAGUGAUUAAAAUGUUGAUUUCCACAGUUCUUACAUCAUUUUUACUUUUCUUACCAAUUUGUUCUAGAAAAUGACUUAAGAAUAUAACUGGGAAUGUCACACAAUUUUAGUAACCUACACAGAUAUUUACGUAAAGAAUUUAACAAUUAGUUGGUGACAAUAAAGGAAUCAGUCUUGACACACUGAUGUACAAAGUGCCAAUCAAGAAUCUCAUCGUAUCAUUUGUAGAACUGGGAGAGAAAGUCCUUUGUAGGAAACUAAUACAUUAUAUCAUCAGGGUACAUUCUAUAUGUGAAAACGACUAUUAAGAUAAAAAUUAUUUAGUCUUCUGUGAGUCAGUAAUUUCUGUAAUAUGAAGUUAGAACUGUGAAAUCCAUUCUUGAACUCAUUAACCUAAUUUGAAAUGAAAAUAACUUGUCAUUGAUAGAGAUUAUUGUUUAUUGUGUGAGGUUGUUUACAGAGUAUUUUGAUUGUUAAACAUUCAAAGUUAUUUCCUUGAUUUUUGUGAAAAGAAAGGAAUAAAGAUU